AUGGACGCGAACACUCUGACAGGACUCGUCAAAGAGCUGAACACUGCUAAUGCAGAUGGAAAGACCGAUGAAGUACUCAGGAUAUUGAAAAAGCUCAAAGCGGAGGUAGAACCUUCGGAGGAUCUCUUACGAUCAUCAAAAGCAGGUGUAGCAAUAGGUAAACUCCGAUUAUCUUCCACUUCUUCCAUCUCGAGUUUAGCCAAGGAAAUAGUCAAAUCAUGGAGAGAUGUGAUAGAGGAGAAUAAGAAGAAGAGGAAGAGGGAUGAUGGUGAUGCUACGAAUACGAAAAAGGAAGAAGGUUCUGCUAAGCGUGUAAAGGCGGAAGGCUCAUCAACAGCUCCAUCGCCCUCUGCCGCAUCUCCCAACCCCUCCACACCAGAUAUCAAGAACGAAACCAAUUCUACCUCCAAGAAAUCCCCUUCGGCAGAUUCGCCCCGUCAGCCUCUAUCUACGAUCGACAGCAGUAGGACGACUCCCCGUACGGCCAAAUCGGACGGUGUUGAUAAAAGUCUACGGGCAGAUAGUUCAGAUGGAGCUGCUGAUCCGGUGAGGGAUAAAUGUGUGGUGAUGAUCUACGAUGCAUUAGCUGGGGAUAGUACGGCACAAAAUAAGAUCUUAACGGAACGAGCAGUGGGGAUAGAGAAGUAUGCGCAUAAAGCGCUGAAUUACUCGACAGGAAACGAUUACAGAGGAAAGAUUAGAUCACUAUACCUCAAUUUGAAAGAUAAAGGUAAUCCAGCAUUGAGGAAUGAGAUUGUUCUGGGGUACAUCAGUACAGAGAAAGUAGCCAAUAUGUCAAAAGAUGAAAUGGCAUCUGAAUCCGUCCGAGCACUCAACGAGAAAAUCGCUUCUGAUAAUCUGUUCAAAGCCAAAGCAGUCGGUGAAACUCAAGCUGAAACGGACGCGUUCAAGUGCGGUAGAUGUCAACAGAGGAAAUGUACUUAUUAUCAGAUGCAGACUAGGUCAGCGGAUGAACCUAUGACUGUGAGUGAGAACUUCCGUCCAAAUAUGGAGAUUGAAAAUGCUGAUUAA